UGGGCGAUGUCAACAAAUGUUUAUUUGAUACAUUAUGAUUACAUUAUAUGUUGUUGUAGUACACUAGAAGCAAAGAAUUUCCAGCUUUUUAUCGCAACUUUCGAUAUAUUAACAGAUGAGGAAUGAUAAUGGUAAACAUCAAGAACUGGCGAGUCGAAGAAACGGCGGCAUGGCUAAGCGGAGUGGAUCCAGGAUUUCAGCCGUAUGUUCAGGCGUUCGUAAACAACGGCAUAGAUGGCGCCGCCCUUCUGCUGCUGACCUCCUACGACCUUGAGAAGCUGAGCGUCGCCAGUCUAGGUCACAGAGAGCUCAUCCUCGAGGCUGUUGAAUUGCUCAAUCACUUGCACCACCAGUCCGACCGCGAGACCCUACAGACUCUCUGCCUCUCAGUCACCGUCAAGUGCCGCAGCCUGGCGGGGGAGCUGCGCGGAAGCGGCGGCAGCGGCGGCGCCCCCUGCAACCGCGUCGUCGCAGCGGUCAGCUCCCUGCUGGGAGGCGUGAAGACACUCGUGUCGUGGCUCGACAGGUAUCCGUUCGAGGGAGAGGAGGAGUACGCAGUGCUGAGGAGCCAAGUCGUCAGACUGGGACUCGAGUUAGCGGCCUGCGUGCAUGUCAACGCGACCCGCCCCGAUUGUCCGGAUAUGCUCCUUGCUGCAGUGAGUCAUUCGUUCCCCCAAUAA